CCUCCCCCGCGGGAGAGCCCCAGCCUGGCCCGCGGCGGUAGGGUCGCCCUUGCUCCUCCCCUCGCGGCGCGGGUGUCCCAGGCUGGCGCUCCGCGGAACGUCGCGGCCCCCGGCGUUCGGGUCCUAGAACGUUGCCGGGCCCGGUGGUUCGUGGCUCCGAACGCUCGUCCUAGCGCGGCCGCCAUGAGCAGCGCGGGGCAGCCGGGCCGCCUGCGGAAUUACCCGGCGCUGCCCGUCUGCGUGGUGGAGGACCACCAAGAUGUUCUGCCUUUUAUCUAUCGUGCCAUUGGGUCAAAGCAUCUCCCUGCCAGUAACAUCAGCUUUGUCCAUUUUGAUUCUCAUCCAGACCUCCUUAUUCCUGUGAAUAUGCCAGCAGACACGGUCUUCGACAAAGAAGCUCUGUUUAGUGAGCUAAGUAUUGAGAACUGGAUUAUGCCUGUUGUUUAUGCUGGUCAUUUUUCUCAAGUGAUAUGGCUUCAUCCAAGCUGGGCUCAGCAAAUCAAAGAAGGAAAACAUGAUUUUUUAGUUGGUAAAGAUACGUCUACCACUACAAUCAGGGUUACAAGUACAGAUCAUUACUAUCUAAGUGAUGGUCUUUAUGUCCCUGCUGAUCAGCUAGAGAACCAGAAGCCUUUACAUCUGAAUGUCAUUCUUGUUAAUCCUACCGAAGCAUCCAGCAGUCAGGAAGAAAAUGUUACAAUAUCUGCAAAGAGACUGAAGUUAAAUACAGAUACAUCAAACACUGCUACUGCCUCUUCAUCAAAGGCUGAAGUUCCCAGCGGUGACCUCUCAGAUUCAAAGGUGGAAGGAGGAGACGAGAAAACAUUUGCACAAGACAAAUUGGAGUCCUUGGCUUCAUGCUCUCUUGGAAACCAUGCAUGCCAACUGAUGGAGAUUGUUGAAGAUGUUCUUCAAGUACUACAAAAGGGAGAUGCAUAUGUUUUAGAUAUUGACUUAGAUUUUUUUUCAGUGAAGAAUCCAUUCAAAGAAAUGUACACCCAGGAGGAAUACAAGAUCUUGCAAGAGCUAUACAGUUUUAAGAAGCCGGAUAGAAAUCCAACAGAGGAGGGGUUGCUGGACUGUGUUGAAAAUCGUGUCCGUCAGCUAGAAGAUCUGGAAGCAGCUUUUGCGGAUUUAUGUGACAAUGAUGAUGAAGAGACUCUAAAAAGAUUUGCCUUGUAUCCUAGAAUGAAACCACUGGUUCAACUUGUGCAUAGUUUGAAAAACCGGAUGGAAACCCCAGACUAUGAAAUGGUCCAUCAGGCUGGUCUUACGUGUGAUUAUUCUGAACUUCCGCAUCAUGUUAGCACUGAGCAGGAGAUAGAGGGCCUCAUACAAUCUGUAAAGUAUGUACUGAAAAAAAUACCAAAGCCCACGCUUGUGACAAUCGCUCGAUCAAGUUUGGAUGACUAUUGUCCUGCAGAGCAAGUAGACCUCAUUCAGGAAAAGGUUCUGAAUGCACUACACUCAGCGUUCGGCACUCUGGAUGUUCAUUUAGAGUACUCAGCAGAUUCAUCUGUGUGAACAAACUCAAGUUGAUGUCAACCUCAAAGGAAUAUUUAGAGUGAAAAUGUCUUGUGCUGAAAGCAGUUCCCCAUCUUCCCACCACCACCAGCCCCUCCCAUACAGAACAACUUCCAUAUAAGCAGAGAUUCACUAUAUCUGAGUACAUUAUAAAGAGAGUCCAUUGUAUUGAUGUAUAUCACUUGUUAAUUUGUAUUUGGGCUAUGUAAUUCACCAAAACCAUUUUUUUUUAAUAUUCUUGUAAGUUUCUUAUUAGAUAAAACUAGAAAAAGUGUGGAUAAAAAAACUAUUGUUCUGUUUCAGCAGGUGGCACUAGAAACCAAGCUAUCCAAUAAUUUGAAUGGUAAUUUCUAAUUGCACUCUAUCUUUGUUGCACUGGUUUCAUAUCUGAAACAUUAUCCAUUUUAAUUAUGGUCUUUGAUCAGUCUUAGAUUGUUGGCUCCAGAUUAAAUGUACUGUGUUUUAACUAUAGUACUUUUAAAGGCUAGUAUUGUGAAGAGAAACUAUUUAUUUUUAGACCAUGAAGACACUAUGUGACAGAAUUAGACACACGCACUUAAAAUAUCUGUAAAACAAAUCUAGCUUUUUGUAAGUAGAUUGAUUUCUUGAAUGUUACAAAUCAUUCAUUGUACCAUUAAGACUUUGGUUUCACAUGACCUUUGGUCAUUCCCACUUCUGGUAGUACUACAGAUGAGCACUCAGUGAUCCUUCUCCCAUUCCAUUGGUGCAGCUUAUCUCGUACUACCUGAUCCAUGGAGUGCAAUUGAUAUUCAUAUUAUUUUACAUGAUUAUAGUCCCUUUAUUUUCACAAGGCACCUAUGCAACAUCACAGAAAUGCAGCUAUCUCCAAGGAAGAGGGUAACAGCUCAUCAGUACACUGAGGGGAAAGGGAAAACUUUGGCCAAGGACUGGCCAACACUGCUACAAAAGGUCAUGAAAUCUCUCUACAAAAGGUCAUGAAAUCUCUCCACAAAAAGCUUGAGUUUAUUUUUAAGAUCUCAGCUGAAAGACACACAUACAAUAGUUGCAUGACAUGUGUUGUACGUACUACUUUGUCCUCUAAAGCAUGUGUCCUUGGUAGCUGUUGAAUUAUGCCAGGAUUUGAACGAGUGGUUUCAGAGGGUGAUAGUUUGGCCUUAUUAAAGUCAAUGGCAAAAUUCAUAUUGACUUCUAUGGAGCCAAGAUUUCACCCAGAGAUUCUAGAUAUUCCAGUCUUCAUGCUUAGAACAUAAAUUGAUCUUGUCUGGCCAUACAUGCAUUCACUUGCAUUCCUAGCCAGAGAAAGUAUGUCAGUGUCAUAAACAUUUAGAAUUUAAGGGUUAGGAGUUGAGAGCAAAUGGUCAUCUCCAGAAUAAAAAGGAAACCAGCAGUCAAUUGGGACUGACCUGGGAAAGGGCAAAGGGAGAGAGGUGAAGGUGAAGACAUUGAUUGGAAUAUAUUACGUUUGUUUUGAAUAAAUAUUUUUGUGGUAUUCUUUU